AUGUCGCGAUCUUUUCAAAGUGUUGCGCAGUGUAAACCAUCCUCGCAAGCAGAUGUCUACAUCUACAAGAUAGUGCCCGUCACAGAUUCGAAGAUCGCGGGCAUAACUUCUGCGGACGAAUUAUUCUUGGUCGAUGGACAGCUCGGAAGCGGGACCGUCAUCCAAUUACCUGGACCUCCAAAGACUAUCUCAACAUUAGUCACUACCUCAGAUGGCAACGGUUUCAUCUGCGCUGGUGGAUCUGGGGAUGUCUUUCUCUACGAUGUUCGUACCAGAGAGCGAGCUGGCAAAGUCAAUGUUGGAAAAGGAGUGACAGCCAUGUCACUGUCGGGCUCUGCUCUGGCGGUAGGCACGGAAUACGUCAACCAUCAGGCCGUCGUCAGUGUUUGGGAUGUCCGGCAGCUGUCCAAGCCACAGUGGCAGAACGCCGAGAAUCACGACGACAUAACAGCCAUUGAUUUUCAUCCAAGCAGAACCAACCUACUUCUCGCCGGGGGAGACGAUGGACAAGUGAGCAUCUUCGAUUCAACUGUCGUCGAAGAGGAGGACAGUCUGGUCCAAGGACUCAACCAAGGCCCAGUCCACAAAGCAGGCUUUCUCGAUCAAUCCUCAUUCUACGCUCUUAGCUCCGACCAGAAUUUGGCAUUGCAUCCUGUGUUCGAUGAUACACGCACCGAAGAGCCGAAGCCGAUUGAUAUGGGCGAUGUGAGACCACUCAUCCCAUGUGAGUACGUCGUGGACAUCGUCAAGUCAGGCACGGCAGCAACCAUUGCGACCGGCUCGCAUAGCAAGUCGCGGGUCGAUCUUGUUGCAAUUCAGCCAGAUGGCAAUUUCGACUUGCAGAACCGUAUUGUCCUCGAAGGCGCCCAUAGCGAAGAGAUUGUGCGCUCAAUCUUCACCUCAGAUGAGACCGGCCUCAUCUACACUGCCGGCGAGGAUGGUCAGAUUCAGGUCUUCCGAGAGGCCGCUGGGACUUCAGAAACCUCCUCGAGGAAGUCGAAGAAGGAAGGCGGUCGCUACAAGCCAUACUGA